CAGACCUUUGUUUUGUAAUUCCAAACCCGGAAGUGAAGUAGGUGACACCGCUGGUCCUCCAGUAUUAUUGUUCCACACCUUUCAGCUUAUUACACUCUGAGCUUGGAUCCCUCUGGAUGUUGAGUGUGCGAGCUCUGUUUGGGAUUGGCUUCCUGGUGACCUCGAGGGCAACAGCAGGUCUCGCUCAGACGGGGUCAUGCCCGCUGUCUGCUGCAGCUAACAACCACAAGAAGGACUGUUUCAGAAGCAGAGCAGCAUCCACCAUGGCCCAGACCAUCAAAUAUCUGGGGCAGGAGGAGGCCCAGCACAUCGAUGAGGAGCUCUUCAGUGAGUACGGCUUCAGCGUGGAUCAGCUGAUGGAGCUGGCUGGACUCAGCUGUGCCACAGCCAUCACCAGGGCGUAUCCGCUUACUUCUCUGGUCAAGACCAGACCGUCUCUGCUGGUGAUCUGUGGCCCUGGUAACAACGGUGGUGAUGGCCUGGUCUGUGCCCGACAUCUCAAACUCUUUGGUUACGAGCCCACCAUCCUGUACCCAAAGAGGCCAAACAAACCUCUGUUCCAGGGUCUGACCACGCAGUGCCAAAAGAUGGAGAUCCCUUUCCUCACUGAGAUGCCUGAGGCUAAAUUGGUUGAUGAGGCUUACAACCUGGUGAUAGACGCCAUCUUCGGCUUCAGCUUCAAGGGCGCCGUUCGGGAGCCUUUCGGUUCCGUCCUGGACGUGUUGAAGAAGACGACAGCCCCCGUCGCCAGCAUCGACAUCCCCUCAGGCUGGGAUGUGGAGCAGGGAAGUGCAGACGGUCUUCAGCCCGACAUGCUCAUCUCCCUCACCGCUCCGAAAAAGUCCGCCUCCAUGUUCAGAGGACGAUACCACUUCCUGGGAGGACGGUUUGUGCCUCCGGGUCUGGAGAGGAAGUACCAGCUCAACCUGCCGCAGUACCCCGGCACAGACUGUGUGUUACAGCUGUAGGAGACAUAGAGGCUAAAGUGCUGUAUUUUAAAGGAACAAUUCAACAUUUCUCAUCCACCUUUUCCCAGAGAAGAUCGAUAUCACUGUCAUGUCUCUGAUGAUCACCAAACUGUCUGGAGGCGUUAGGCUUAGCAUUAUGACUGUUAACAGGUGCAAACAGCUAGCCUGGCUCUGUUUAAAGUUGGAAAAACAUGCCUCCUAGCAUCUCUUAAGUCCAACAAUUAAACAUGUCCUUUGAUUUUUGUUAUUGAUACCCAAACAGCAGUGUGAAAACUACAAUUUGGGGUCUGCUGUUUCUGAGAAAUACAUCUGGGUAGUUUUUAAAAAAAUACUGGUGGUCAACUCCAGACCUUUGACAUGUUUUUAGUAAAGAUAGAUAAUUUGUUUCCCGAAAGGAAUCAAGGAAUUUACUCGAUUACUGAUUGUGUAUAACAACAACAAAGGAUACGUGUUUAGUUGAUGUUUGAGGGGCUGGUAGGAGCAUUUCUGAGCUACAGACAGAACACACUGUCUCUUGCUAACAAUCUCCAGACUCCAUCUCUGUAGUUAUUAAUCUGAGAGUGGUAUCAGUCUUCACAGCCUUUCAGGAAAUCAAAUAAUGUGUUACUAUUCCCCCAAGUCUAGGAGUGUGUUGGUUUCCAUUGAGUGUAUGAUGGUGGUUGUGAUCUCAAAGGCUGUUCUGUAAAUCUAAUAAAGAUAGAAUACCUGGAAAAUA